AUCUCACUCACUGUCCACACUGUUCAAGUCGGUAGCUUUUUAACUCUUUAAGGCUUAUAUUAGUGUAGGCAGUGCAAGAUUUGCUUAAACUCUUGAAAGAGUUUAGCUUCUGCUAAGAAAGAUGAUGGAGGAGUCCUGGAAACUGUUUUACACUUUUGGGAUCUUGGUUUUUGGAUUGGCAGCACAAUGGGCGGCAGUGAAAAGUGAUGGUGGUUCACUGUCAUGUGGGUUUCCAGCAAUAUACAACUUUGGGGACUCAAAUUCAGAUACUGGGGGAAUAUCUGCAGCAUUUACAGAAAUCCCUCCACCGAAUGGAGAAACCUUCUUUGGACAUCCUGCAGGCAGAGCCUGUGAUGGUCGCCUCAUCAUAGAUUUUAUAGCUGAGAAUCUGCAGUUACCAUACCUUAGUGCAUACCUGGACUCAGUUGGGACAAAUUUCAGGCAUGGUGCUAAUUUUGCAACUGGAGGUUCAUCCAUUAGACCACCUGGUUAUAGUCCAUUCAAUCUCGGGGUUCAGAUUUCACAGUUCAUUCAAUUUAAAGCUCGCACCACUGCUCUCUACAAUCAACUUAGCCUCAGUAGAAGAAUUCCCGUAACGAUUAGCAAUCUACCAAGGCCUGCAGAAUUCUCACAGGCUCUGUACACAUUUGAUAUUGGACAAAAUGAUCUUGCCCAUGGUUUCCAAGUCACAACAGAAAACCAAGUUAGAGCAUCUAUUCCCAAUAUCAUAGGCCAGUUGUCCCAAGCUAUUCAUCUACUAUACAAGGAAGGGGCAAGGUUCUUUUGGGUACAUAAUACAGGUCCCCUUGGUUGCUUGCCUUAUAAUGUUCUACAUGACAAGUCAAAGCCGGGUAUUCUAGAUAAGAAUGGAUGUGUGAAGCCUCUAAAUGAGGUGGCUAUGGAGUUUAACAGGCAGCUUAAGGACAAGAUAUCCCGGUUAAGGACACAACUCCCCUUUGCCAAAUUCACAUAUGUUGAUGUCUAUUCAGCCAAAUAUGGACUCAUUAGCAGCGCGAAGACUCUAGGUUAUGUUGAUCCAGUUAAUUUUUGCUGUGGAAGUUUUUAUGGAAACCACAUUAAUUGUGGAAAAAAAGCCAUAGUGAAUGGAACAGUGUAUGGCGACCCUUGCAAUCAUCCAUCAAGGCACAUUAGCUGGGAUGGUAUACAUUACUCCCAGGCAGCUAACAUGUGGGUGGCAGACCGCAUUCUGAAUGGCUCCCUCUCUGACCCACCAGUCCCAAUUCAAGAUGCUUGUCAUCAUCAAAGAAACAUGUGAUGAUGAGAAAAAAGAAUAGCAAUCAUGGUAUGUUUGCUCAGAAAUUUGACAGAGAUAUUGUAGUGUUUACCUUCUUUUGGCACUAUAAAUUAUAUAUCUUAAGACAACAGUCUUAUCAAUUGAUCAGAAAACGUUAGGGACAAGAUAUCCCAAUUCCCAAAAGCAUUUCUAUAUAAAUUUAUACUGCACUUAGUAUCAUUCUCCUGAUGCCAGUAACACAUUAGCAAUCAAUAUUGUAUCUUUUAGCAUCA